GGCAGUCUCUCUGUUGGUGACGUCAUCCUGUCGCUCUCUGGUGGAAGCGUCAGGCUGUCUCUCUGUUGGUGACGUCAUCCUGUCGCUCUCUGGUGGAUGCGUCAGGCUGUCUCUCUGUUGGUGACGUCAUCCCGUCGCUCUCCUUUCGGUGACGCCAUCGCCACCCGCCGUCUCUCCCAGUCGGUGGUGACGGCACGCGGCGCGAUGUCGGCUCCUCUCGCCCCGCGCGGCCUCCGCGCCCUGAGUCGCCUUCUCCUCGUGGCGGCUCCCCCGCCGCGCUCCCUGCGCCUCGCCCGCUCCCUCGCCACGGGGGUCCGCGUCUCGGCGCUCUGCGGCGCCAGCGAGCGGCAGCGGCCGCGGCGGCAAUGGCUGCAGGUUCGCAUGCCGAGCGCGCAGAGCCUACGCGGUUACUGCGACGCGCCACCGCUGACGCUGCACUUCAUCACGGAGAGGGUCAUGUACGUGCUGAAUCUCUACGACAAGAUCGACCCGCAGAAGUUAAAACUGGAGUCACAUUUCAUGAAGGACUUGGGUCUCGACAGUCUGGACCAAGUGGAGGUGAUCAUGGCCAUGGAGGACGAGUUUGGCUUCGAGAUUCCAGAUGUGGAUGGGGAGCAGCUGUUAACGCCGCAGGAUCUGAUCAAUUACAUUGCAAACAAGCGGGACGUGUACGAGUGAAUGCGGCCAUGCUGCCUGCAGGUGUGCUGAGGAAGUGAUGUCACGGUUCUUUAUAAGAUGUACCUUUACGGAAGUGGCGUUUGGUUUUGGUCAACAGGGAAUAGUUUGCUGAAGCUUUGCUCAUUUCAGUUCUCGAAUCUAAGUGUCUGGGCUCUUUGCCCGGUCAAUAAAGACCGUCUAAUAUACAACGCGAAAGCCGAUUGACACGGUUAGCAAAUACUUUGUGGUCAUUGCCUCAGGCCUCGUGGUUCACAUGGAUGGCACGGUGGUGCUGGUGGAUCAUCGGGUGUCAAUGCAAGUGUGAGCUGCGCGUGUGUCUUCAAGUGCCGGUUCAACCCGCGCUCAAUAAAAGGCUAAAACUCUU